ACACUUUGCGAGCUCAUCAGCUCGUUUAUAAAAGAGUUUUUUGUGUUAAUUAACGAUGCAUUUUUCAGUAUCUUCUCCGCUACCGGCGCCGGUGACCGGAGAGAUUUCACGGGAGGAUUCCGGCGACACCGUGAAGAGCAUAUUCCAUAAUAUACUGUCUUACAACGACAACGUCAUGCUGGCCGCCGUGAUUUCGUUGCUUCUUGUUAUUCUCUUUGUUCUUCUUCUCCACGUCUACGCCAGGUGGUUCUUGACUCAGUCUCGCCGCCGCAGCGGCGGCGGCGGCUCCGUCGAGGUGCCUCGCCGGCGGUUUCGGUCGUUCCACGUUGACUCUACGUUCCCCGAUUCUCCGGAGAAGAAGGGCCUGGAGAAAUCGGCCAUUUCGGAGAUUCCGAGGUUUGUGUACGGCGGGAAGGGAGGCAAUAGCGGCGACGGGAGUGGGAUGGAGUGUAGUAUUUGUUUGAGUUGGUUUGGGAACGGAGACGUGGUGAGGAAGUUACCGAAAUGCGGCCAUGCAUUCCAUGCAGAGUGUAUAGAGAUGUGGCUGUUUUCCCACUCUUCCUGCCCGUUUUGCCGGGCUCCGGUGGUGUGCGGACACGGCGGCGCCGCCGGCACGAGUCUGGGAUUCAAUUCUGCGGUUCCGGGCGGCGGCGGCGGAGGAGGUGGGAAUGCGACGUCGUUACAGAUCGUCGUUGAAUCAGUUCCAAAACAAGACAGGCCAGAAAAUGGAGCUGCGGCGGCGGAGGCGGAGGCGGAGGGUAAUUCGUUACCAGUAAGUAGUUCGUUUUCUUCGCCGCCGUCGUCAUCUGCCGGUGGUUAGCUUAAAGAAAUUAAUUAAUGAAUUGAUACGCCUUGUUGUUUAUAAUUAAGUAAUUAUGAGAAUCGAUUAUCUUAGAGAGGCUGUGGCUGUAUACAUUUUGUAUAGAUCCAAUGUAAAGAAUUUUAAUUAUCUAAAAAUAAAAUACA